AUGACAGUUGUUAUUAGAUAUGUGAACAAACAUGGAGAGGUGAUUGAACGAUUUAUGGUUGUAGUUCAUGUUGCAACAACUACAACUGCUUGUUUGAAGGAGGCAAUCGACUCUUUAUUUGCUAAGAAUGGUUUGUCAGUGGCGAGAUUGAGGGGUCAAGGAUAUGAUGGUGCUUCAAAUAUGUCUAGAGAAUUUAAUGGCUUAAAGUCACUGAUAAUGAAAGAAAAUCCGUAUGUAUUGUAUGUUCAUUGUUUUGCUCAUCAACUCCAUGUAGUGGUUGUAGCUGUUGCUCAAGCAAAUCAAUAUGAGAUGGAUAGUCAUUUCUCUGAAGCAACUACAGAUUUGUUGAUUUAUAUGUCAUGCCUUGAUCCUAAGAACUCAUUCUCUAGAUUUGAUGUACAGAAGUUAGUGCGUCUGACUCAUUUUUAUGAGGAUGAUUUUUCUUGGAAUGAACGUAUGUUGGUUGAACAAGAGCUUGAAACAUAUAUUGAUGAUGUCAGAUCAGAUGAACGGUUUGAAGACAUUUCAUAUUUGGGAGCUCUUGCAAAGAAAAUGAUUGAAACAAUGACGAACCGUGUGUUUCCUUUGGUUUAUCGGAUGAUUGAGCUAGCCUUACUUCUUCCAGUUGCUACUGCAACCGUUGAAAGAGUGUUUUCGGCAAUGAAUAUUGUCAAAAUAGAUUUGCGAAACAAGAUUGGAGAUGAAUGGAUGAAUGCUAGUUUGGUAGUCUAUAUCGAGAAAGAUGUUUUUAAUACUGUCGACAAUGAGCCAAUUUUACAGCGUUUUCAGAACAUGGAGUCUCGAAAAUGUAAUUGUCAUGUAUUCGUUAGUAGACUGCUUUAA